ACCGUCACGUGACUCGCAGCGGCACAUCUUGAUGACGUACAUCAUGUUUUGGUGAAACCGUGCUUAUCGAGUCUGUUCAGGCCUAUAUUUUAUUGCUGUGUUUAUAACUCGUCUACAAUGAACAGAAGCAAGGCCAGCGGCGUGUCGUGGGUGAAACCAGCGGAACCGUCAUUUCUGAAGAAGUUUAAAAAGGAUGUUGGUUAUAAAGAAGGACCGACUGUUGAUACGAAGCUCCAGACGAUGCCCACACUGGAUGAUGACAGUGGGAGUGAUCGGGAGGAUGAGCUCCCUCAGGUUGUGGUUCUAAAAGGAGGAGACCUGAGUGCAGAGGACGUGAAGAAGAUCAAGGAGGACAUGAGUCCUGCAGACAAAGAUGAAGCACCUCCUUCUGAUGGUAAAAUCCUGUUUAAGAAACCAGCCAAGCGCUCCUCCUCAGACAAAUUCCAGGGCAUCACUGCCAGCUCCAGCAAAAAGAAGAAGAGUGAUGAAGGGGAGGACGAGGAGGAAGAGGAGGAGGUGGUGGUGAAGAAAGAGGUGAAGGAGGUGAAAAAGGAGGUGAAGAAGGAGAUGAAGUCUGGAAAGAAAGUUAAAAAUAACAGCCUUCUGUCAUUUGGAGGGGAUGAGGAGGAAGAUGAGGACUAAAUGUUACUGGUGAAAUGUAAGAACGUCAUUAACCCCUGUGACAGAAAGUGACAUUGGAAUAUAAUUGGUCAAAUGUUUUAUAAUAUUGACGAAUAGGAACGGGGGUAAAAUCAACAGACAUUGUAUUCUUGACUGAUAUUGUCUGGAGUUCAUCAACAGUGUGCAGCCUGUCCAUUCUGUAGUGUUUUCUAAGGACAGUGCCAGUAUUUCUUCAUGUCUAAGCCCGCUGACUACAAAUAGUCUAUACUUGAUAUUACUGACAACUGUUUUUUUCAUUUUAGUACACUGUAAAAAUCAACUUGCAGAGAUUCAAUUUUCUUGAAUAACAAUAACAAAGAACAUCUUGAAUACUC